UGCAUUCGCGGUGAGUGAGGUGAGGUGAGGUGAGGUGAGGUGUAGUACCACCCGCUCCGGACUUUAGAGCAGUGACACGAGCAGGCUCUCCUGAUGCAGGUGUAUAUAAGACACCUGUGCGCCUCCUCUACAGGUAGAUUCUGGACUAACGUCGACCACACACUCACAGGACAGGCAAUGGCCCCGACGCCUGAGACUCAUCCAGCCACGCCGCCGCCGGAACUCGACGCUGACCACGCGGGCAAAGAUGCGACCGAACUCGAACCGCCGUCUUACACCUCCGUCAUUGCGGCAACAGAAGAAUCGGAGCCGGAGGAGGAGGAGGACCCGUGGGAUCUGCCCGAGCUCCGGGACACCGGGGUGAAGUGGUCAGAUCUCGACACGAGGGGGAAAGUUCUGCGCGUUCUGAAGUCCAUCGUGAAGUUCGUUCUUCUGGUCGGUCUGCUCUACCUGUUCGUCUGCUCUCUGGACAUUCUGAGCUCCGCUUUCCAGCUGGUAGGAGGGAAGGCAGCGGGAGAUAUCUUCCAGGACAAUGCGGUCCUGUCUAACCCCGUGGCUGGACUGGUGAUUGGAGUUCUGGUCACUGUUCUGGUUCAAAGCUCCAGCACCUCGUCCUCCAUUGUGGUCAGCAUGGUGUCAUCUGGAUUGUUGGAGGUGAAGUCUGCAGUGCCAAUCAUCAUGGGUGCAAAUAUCGGCACUUCUGUGACAAACACGAUCGUGGCUGUGAUGCAAGCAGGAGACCGCAAUGAGUUUCGCAGGGCAUUUGCUGGUGCUACGGUCCAUGACUUCUUUAACUGGCUGUCUGUUCUGGUGCUGUUGCCUCUGGAGGUGGCCUCAGGAUUCCUCUACAGGCUCACCAAACUUGUGAUCGAUUCCUUUAACAUCGAGACCGGUGCAGACGCUCCAGAACUGUUAAAGGUCAUCACUGAACCCCUCACCAAGAACAUCAUUGAGCUGGACACCUCUGUGAUCCGUGACAUAGCCACUGGAGACCCUGCAGCCCGGAACAAAAGUUUGAUCAAGAUCUGGUGUAAAACGCAAAAAGUCACGAACCUUGUGAAUAUCACAGUCCCUGGAUUUGCCAACUGCACUCCUGAUGCCCUCUGCUGGGAGGAGGGCGACAAUGUCUGGACUCAACAGAACCAAACGGAAACCAUCAACUUAAAAAAAUGUACUCACAUAUUUGUGUUUGCUGAUCUACCCGACUUGGCCGUGGGGUUGAUUUUGUUGGCUCUGUCAUUGCUGGCUCUCUGCACCUGCCUCAUUCUGAUCGUCAAGCUGCUGAACUCCAUGUUGAAGGGUCAGGUGGCGGUCGUCAUUAAAAAAGUGCUCAACACAGAUUUCCCCUUCCCCUUUGCCUGGGUCACGGGAUACCUUGCCAUCCUUGUUGGAGCUGGAAUGACCUUCAUUGUUCAGAGCAGCUCUGUCUUCACCUCAGCCAUCACUCCACUAGUCGGUAUUGGUGUCAUUAGCAUCGAGAGGGCUUAUCCACUCACGCUGGGCUCCAACAUUGGCACGACAACCACUGCUAUUCUAGCUGCUUUAGCCAGUCCAGGAGAGACACUGGCUAACUCACUACAGAUUUCUCUCUGUCACUUCUUUUUCAACAUCUGUGGUAUCUUACUGUGGUAUCCCAUCCCCUUCACGCGAGUCCCUAUCCGAUUGGCUAAAGCUCUGGGCAACCGCACGGCCAAGUACCGCUGGUUCGCAGCGCUGUAUCUCUUCCUGUGCUUUCUGCUCUUCCCACUGUCAGUCCUAGGCCUCUCCAUCGCGGGGUGGCAGGUCUUGGUGGGGGUUGGAGUGCCCCUGUUGGUCUUUGCGAUCAUUGUGGUCAUAGUGAACAUCAUGCAGAAACGCUGCCCGCGUUUCCUGCCCUCAUUCCUCCGCAGCUGGGACUUCCUGCCCAAACCACUGCAUUCCUUCAAACCCUGGGACAGAGUGGUUACCGCCAGCAUGACCUUCUGCAGGACUCGCUGCUGCUGCUGCUGCAAGUGUUGCAAAGAAAAAGAGGAUAAAGAGACGGAUGACAUGAAAACCAAGGAUAGAAGUUUAGAGAUGUAUGACAAUCCAGCGCUCACUAUAGAGGAUGAGGUCAAAAUAACAGCAACACAUUUAUAAUGCUUAACGGACCCUUUUUAUGUACAUCAUUGUUUAUAAUGUAACAUGUUCUGAUCAUUACAGGGUGAAGCAAGUCAUGCAAGAUUUCUGAGCUAGUAAUAAAGCACUGGAUGCAAUAUAAGUGAAAGCUGCUAGUAAUUUUUAGCUAUAAUGAUCCGUUCACCUCGUGUUAAAAUGUAGUUGACUCUACUUAAUUCUACUUGAAGCUUUUCAUGUUUUCGGACUCUAUUUGGUCUGAAAUAGUUUGUUUUUAUGGCAGUGCUCAGAAUAGCAAAUUAGAACCAUGUGCCACUUUGUUGAUGACAGCAAAAUAUUUAAUCUAUAUGCUUUUGCAAAAUGUUUAAAAAACCUGUGAAACUAAUGUCCCUGAAAUAUAUCGGCACAAGAAAGAAUAUUGCACUUGCCAAGCCAUUAGCGAGGUCUUUCAGAACAAUGCAUCAGGUACACUGACUGUAAUGAAAUGACACCAUGGUGCAGAAGUUGCUACCUAAACUAUCUUUAACUGUUGAUGCCGCUGCUAUUGUGGUUUUUUUUGUACGUGAUGUACCAGAUCUUUCAAUAAAUUCUGUAUAGAGAAUUUGUAUAAAUUUUUAGUAUUUUGUCUAAAAAUGUUAAAAUGGAGGUAAGCAUGCCCAUGGGGAAAAAAAAAAAUGCAGACUCUUGUCAGUAAUUUUGCACAUUAUGUGGAACUAUGUAAAGAUGCAUUUGUUUUUAGAUAUUUAUAAACAACAAAUUUGAGGGGGUUUUUUUAAUGUCUGAUUUGUUACUGUUGCAUUUUGUAAAUUUCAUGAAGAUUUUUAGACUUCAAAUAUUUCUUUACUCAGAUGUAAGAUUGUCUUUAAAUAAAUAUUAAAAACAUGAGAACACUG